AUGAACACUAAAGCUGGUCAAGAGACCCGAAAGACCGACAUUGAGCUCAACUUGCAAGUCUUUGAAAGUGCUGCCAAGCUGGCAAAGCAAAACGCAGCUGACAUUGUGGUCUUUCCGGAAAAUGGCAUUCUCUUUGGUCUUGGCACUCGAGAGAACGUACUAAAGCAUGGCGAAUUUAUUCCAAAUGAAAAAGGAGUGUCACUGUGCACUGAUGAGUACGCCACCAAGACGCCCAUCAUACACCGACUUGCCUGCAUGGCAAAGACCAAUCGAAUUCUAGUGGCCGCCAAUACGAUUGAUGUCCAGAACUGCAGCAGCAGCACAAAAUCAAAGUGUCCCUCGGAUAAGAAAUUCGCCUUCAACACUGCCGUCCUCUUUGAUCGCAAUGGCCACCUGCUUGCUAAGUAUCACAAAAUGCACCCUUUUGGCGAGAUGACGCUCAACGUUCCACUCGAAGAUGAACUGGUCGUAGUAGACACGGAGAUCGGCCGACUUAGUCUUCAGGUGUGCUUUGACAUGAUUUACAGCAAGCCGGGCGUCUACCUGGCCGCCCAAGGCCAGAUUGACACCAUGGUCUUCCCCACCUGGUGGUUCGAUGAGCUGCCCCUCCUGGCCGCCAGCCAGUUCCAAAUGGCUUGGGCUUUUGGCAACAAGAUCAACCUGCUCGCGUCGAACAUUCACAAGGUUGAGGUAGGCUCAAAGGGCAGCGGCAUCUACGCCGGCGGACAGGGCCAGUUCGAGGUGGUCAGCGCCGUGGACGCCAAGUCUCGGCUGUUGGUGGCCAGCCUCCCUGUGAAGCCCACCUCUACCGCCGCCCACUGUCCGCUGAAUGCAGUCACCCACGAAGUGCCCCAGCUGGUGCCCAUUCCCAGCAACAUUCAGUACCGCUACCAGUCGAUAAAUCUGACGCAGACCGAGGUGCUCAAGGUGGACCUGACCAAGUCGCUGGCCACCAAGUGCUCUCGAGGCGUCUGCUGUACACUGAACUACCAAGUGGCCGCCCCGUCCACCGAUACCGUGGAAGACUUUUACCUGCUCGUCACCAACCGCACUCGACCCGGCGCCUAUCCGUGGACUGAGGAAUUUUGCGUCCUGGUCCACUGUCCCCAGCUGGAGAACCUAAAGGCCUGCUCGCUGAUGACCUCCAACCGCCCACUGAGCACGACUUUCUCCUUUGUGGAAAUGAGCGGCGACUUCAGCCCUGACGCCCUCAUCUACCCCAGCGUCAUUGGCUCAGAGCACAAGGUGCUGCCCAAGUCCGACCUCUGGUCGUACAAGGAAGACAAGUCUACCGGAAAAUCAAAGCAGAAGUUUGUACUCUCGGUCGGCAGCAAGAGCAGCAGCGAAAAGGCGCACGCAGUGUCAACGAUUUCUCUGUACGGACGCGUCUACUCUCGAGAUCCUCCCUAUGAGCAGCGACCAACUGGUGGCAUUGAGCUCUGA